AUGAGGAAUCCAAGUGGUGCUUCUGAACAAGAUAUCAUGAACGAAGCGAAAGAGCUGUUAAAACUUGACAGAUCCUAUAAGAAGGGUUUUAAGUUUAAUCAUGUCUGGGACAUGUUGAAAGACUCCAAAAGUUUAUCAAAUGUCACUGCAUCAACUCAGUAUCAACGACAAAGUCCUUAUCAAUCACCUUCUUCUGGUCCUGGUUCAUCGUCUGGGACAGAUGUCGGUUUACCAUCGUUGACUAUUCACGACGCAGAAGGUACUCAAAGACCAAUUGGUGUCAAAAAGGCAAAAUCAAGGCUCCAAUAUGAUAAUAAGCUAGAGACCUUAGUCAAGGCUAGUAAAAAAAAUGAGCAAACAAAUAGCCAAAAACAAUGA